CUAAUCACCUUUGUACUCUCGGCGAUCAUUCGCGAAUUGCCAGAGUAUACUGCGUAUAGCAGCGAGUCUCGCGACAGUCGCGAGGUAUUAUCGCGCCGUAUCAUAUAAUGACUUGUCGGCGCACGCAACAUUAACCGUUCCCCGGUGAAGCGUCGUAUUCACGGACGUGAAACUUGUGCCCGCCGAGCGAGCCGCACACCACUCUCGGUGACUCGGUAGUCUCUGUUGCCGCGCUAUGACUGCUAUACGGAACCUCGCGUGACGGUUCCCGAUUCUUCAUCUACAAGUCCAUCGUUCUUUCUAUCCCAUACAUCGUCAUCAUCGUCGUGGUCUACCGUCGUGUCGUUCGUCGAAUAAAAACAUGAGCGUGAGACGUCGAAAGCUGAGAACUGAAAAUGAAGAGGAGCGCAAUAAUGAAUUGGCAUCCUACCAGAAGAAAAUCAUCGGUCAGCCGGGAAAGAAAUACUUCACCAUGCUAGUAGUACUUGGUACAUUGUUCCUAGGUUACAUAGCCAUAGCGAAUGACUUAAAGCCCAUCAGAAUAGGCAGUAAGGCUAUCGAUACCUUAGCACUUUCAUUUAAUUUACAAAAACCGUUCUAUGUGGUCGUCAUCGACGCUGGAUCUACUGGUAGCCGUGUAUUAGCGUUUAGCUUUCACGAGUCCAUUCUCAAUGGCAAUUUAGUACUUGAUAAUGAACUAUUCAAAGAAAUAAAACCUGGCUUAAGCUCAUUCGCCGACGAACCGGAGGACGCUGCAAAGUCUCUAACUACUCUUCUAAAUGAGGCAAAGGCGGUGAUUCCGCAGUCGGAAUGGCCUCGCACACUGCUGACGAUGAAGGCCACGGCAGGGUUGAGAUUGUUGCCGGAGCAUAAAGCCAACGAUAUACUAGAGGAAUGCAGAAAGUUGUUUCAAACAUCUGGAUUCCAGAUUGCGAGAAAUUCUAUCUCUAUAAUGGAAGGCACGGACGAGGGAAUCUUUUCUUGGUUCACCGUCAAUUUCUUAUUGGACCGCUUUAACUCGCUCAGCUCUCAGACUACCGUGGCUGCGUUGGAUCUUGGUGGUGGUUCUACGCAAAUCACAUUUCAGCCGGACAAUAUCCAGGCGAAAAAAUUGGAAAAACACGUUUACUCCAUCAAUGUAUUCAAUCACAAUAUGAGUCUGUACACGCACAGUUACUUAGGCAUGGGUCUAAUGGCCGCCAGAAAGGCAAUUUUGACUUAUGACAUGAAUCUAGAGGCUACAAAUCUUAAAGUUCCCAUAGAGAUACAUUCCGAGUGCAUCAAUCCGAUCGUAUCUACCGAGUGGUCUUACCACGGACGUGAUUACAUUGUAAAAGGUCCAACAAAUGGCACAUAUAAACUAGUAAAGACACAAAAUUUUGCUGGCGGAGAUGAAAACAAGCCGAUCGUACGCUUUGCAGAAUGUUUGAAGAUUAUUGAGAAAUAUGUUGGUACUCUCACAGAAAAACCAAUAGGCUUAAAGGAUCACGAAGUGUACGCGUUUUCGUACUACUUUGAUCGUGCAACAGAGGUAGCAUUAAUAGAUCCAUUUUUGGGCGGAAUGGUGCAAUUGAGUUCGUUUUUUAAACAAGCCAUGGAGACGUGCGAUUAUCCAAACACAGAUCAACCGUUUAUGUGUUUAGAUUUGACAUUUAUUUAUGUUCUGCUUAGAGAUGGAUUUGGCUUGGAACCGACGACUAAGCUACAUCUUUAUAAGAAGAUCAAUGGCCAUGAAUUAAGUUGGGCACUGGGAGCUGCGUUCAAUGUUCUCCAAAAUGGACUUUGACGUUUUAUUGUUCUAUUAUUUGUUAGUCGAGUUUUAUUCUAAACUUAUAAUUGAAAAGACAAACCGAAGGAAUAUGCAGUUAAAGAAAAAAGAACAUGUAAAAAUAUGUUUACAUUUUUUGUAUAAAAACUUUGGAUUUUUAAUGAAACAUUUAAUAGUAAUUACUAACGCUC